GUCUUCUUCACUUCGAGAAAAAUUGAACCCCAAAACCAAAAAUAAAGCGAAGAAAUAGCCGGGGAAGUCACUGGUGCCCUAAUUUCCUCUCUGUUUCCCCCAUUUUUCUUUUCAUAACUUCAUCUUCCAAGCUCCCCAUUUCCUUUUUUCGGUGGAUUUUUGCCCAGUGUCCUUGAUAGGGUUUAUCUGGUCCAGAUUGGGGUUUCUUCUCUAGGGUAUUCUGGUCCAGAUUAGUGUGUCAUCGUUUUUGGUUGGUGUAGGGUUUCGGUGGUGGUUGUGAAUUUGCGAUUUCUGUUCUCGUAUUGAGUUCAUUCUGUAGAAAUUUUAUCGCUGAGAAUCUCGUUGUCUCGUUGAAAGAAUGGCUUCUGCUGCACAAAUUCACGUCCUUGGCGGCUCUGUCUUCCCGACUCGGGCCAAGAAGUCUUCGCCUUCAAACACCGUCUUCUUCGGACAGAGGCUGUCGACGAAGCCGUUCUUGAAUUCGUCGAGGACGGCGUUCCUGAAGCUCAAGCGCAACGGGAGGAAUGACCGCGUCGGUCCACUCAGGGUGGUGAGCGAGAAGGUGGUGGGCAUAGACCUCGGGACGACGAACUCUGCUGUUGCUGCGAUGGAGGGAGGGAAGCCCACCAUCGUAACGAACGCGGAGGGGCAGAGGACGACGCCCUCGGUGGUCGCUUACACCAAGAAUGGGGACAGGCUUGUUGGCCAGAUUGCGAAGAGGCAGGCGGUCGUGAACCCUGAGAAUACGUUCUUCUCGGUGAAGAGGUUCAUAGGGAGGAAGAUGGCAGAGGUGGACGAGGAGUCGAAGCAAGUAUCAUACCGGGUCGUUAGGGACGAGAAUGGUAACGUCAAGCUUGAGUGUCCCGCGAUAGGAAAGCAGUUUGCUGCCGAAGAAAUUUCUGCGCAGGUUUUGAGAAAGCUUGUUGAUGAUGCAUCAAAGUUCUUAAACGAUAAAGUCCAGAAAGCAGUUGUUACAGUGCCUGCAUACUUCAACGACUCACAAAGAACUGCAACCAAGGAUGCUGGGCGAAUUGCUGGUUUGGAAGUUCUUCGUAUCAUUAAUGAACCCACCGCUGCUUCCUUGGCUUAUGGGUUUGAGAAGAAAAACAAUGAGACCAUUCUAGUAUUUGAUCUUGGUGGAGGGACUUUUGAUGUGUCAGUUCUUGAGGUUGGAGAUGGUGUCUUUGAGGUGCUUUCGACAUCUGGAGAUACCCACUUGGGUGGUGAUGACUUUGAUAAGAGAAUUGUCGAUUGGCUUGCUGGAAACUUUAAGAGGGAUGAAGGUAUAGACCUGUUGAAGGAUAAACAAGCUCUACAGCGUCUUACCGAAACAGCAGAGAAAGCAAAGAUGGAGCUCUCGUCAUUGACACAGACAAACAUAAGCUUGCCUUUUAUUACUGCCACUGCUGAAGGUCCUAAACAUAUUGAGACAACCCUCAGCAGGGCCAAGUUCGAAGAGUUGUGUUCAGAUUUGAUUGAUCGGUUGAGGACACCUGUGGACAAUGCAUUAAGAGAUGCGAAGCUUUCAUUCAAGGAUUUGGAUGAGGUUAUUCUUGUUGGUGGAUCGACAAGAAUGCCUGCUGUCCAGGAACUUGUGAGGAAGAUGACCGGCAAAGAGCCUAAUGUAACUGUCAAUCCAGAUGAAGUUGUUGCUCUUGGAGCUGCUGUACAGGCUGGAGUUUUGGCUGGUGAUGUCAGUGACAUCGUUCUCUUGGAUGUGACGCCCUUGUCUCUUGGUCUGGAAACGUUGGGUGGUGUGAUGACAAAGAUCAUUCCUCGGAACACCACUCUUCCAACCUCAAAGUCUGAAGUUUUCUCCACGGCAGCUGAUUCACAGACUAGCGUUGAGAUCAACGUGUUGCAGGGUGAAAGAGAGUUUGUGAAGGAUAACAAAUCCCUCGGUAGCUUCCGGCUCGACGGAAUACCACCGGCACCACGUGGAGUUCCACAAAUUGAAGUGAAGUUCGACAUUGAUGCUAAUGGUAUUCUGUCGGUCACUGCUGUUGAUAAAGGUACAGGGAAGAAGCAGGAUAUUACCAUCACCGGUGCUAGUACCCUGCCUGGCGAUGAGGUUGAUAGAAUGGUGAAGGAAGCCGAGAAGUUUGCAAAGGAAGACAAGGAGAAGAGGGAUGCUAUUGACACUAAGAACCAGGCCGAGUCCGUGGUGUACCAGACAGAAAAGCAGCUCAAGGAGCUAGGGGACAAGGUGCCUGCGGAGGUUAAGUCAAAGGUGGAAGCCAAGCUCGAGGAGCUGAAGAGUGCAAUCUCUGGCGGUUCAACGCAGGCCAUGAAGGACAGCAUGGCUGCACUGAACCAGGAGGUGAUGCAGCUUGGUCAGUCCCUUUACAACCAACCAGGCGCAGCUGCUGGUGGCCCUGCCCCGGGUGCUGAUGCUGGGCCUGCCGGCAAGGGCCCAGCUCCUGGCGGCGAUGGCGGGGAUGUCAUUGAUGCGGACUUCACAGACAGCAAGUGAUUGAGUUAAAAAACAAUUUUGGGUGACGAAGCUUUUCCCCCCCUUCUUCAUUGAUGUUCGUUUUUUUUUUUUUUUGGUUUUUUUUAUAGUGUAUCUUGUUUUUGCUACUGUAAAAAUAUAAUUCUGCCUUGGAAUCCCAAAUCCAGUUUUUGGUUGGCGGAUCGACAA